AUGGCGUCUUCAAAACCUGGUUCACCUGACGACUUGAACUUGGAUGAACUGCGAGAGCUUUUUUACCCACACAUAGAGUCCUUUGACCAUUUGAUUGAUGCUGGGUUCGAAACCAUAUUCAGAAGCAUCAACCUCAAAUCCUUUGUGGUUACUCAUCCUUCAACAUCAAAAAAGCUUAUAAUUUCGUUGGAAAAACCGGCCCUCCAUCCGCCUCAGAAGGAAGGAGUAGCUAAGUCAACACGGCAGGCAUUGUAUCCAUUUGAGUGCAGACAGGCAAAACUCACAUAUUCAGGGAGAUUUACGGCAAAUGUCUGUCUUCAAUAUGAGGGCGAUGCUGCUAUUGUUCGAGAGCAUUUUAGUUUUGGGCAGUUUCCCAUAAUGUUAAAGUCUAAGCGAUGUAACUUGAGAGGUGCUUCUCCUCGGAAACUUGUGUCCUUGAAGGAGGAGGCAUCGGAAAUGGGCGGUUACUUCAUCGUGAACGGCCUUGAGAGAUAUAUUCGACCUAUAAUUAUGCCAAAACGAAAUUAUCCGAUGAGUACAGUACGGAGUUCAUUUAGUGAAAAGCGGGAAGGGUAUACUGAUAAAGCAGUUGUAAUAAGGUGUGUAAGAGCUGAUCAAACCUCGUUAACGGUAAAAUUAUAUUACCUUCGUAAUGGGAGUGCAAGGCUUGGUUUCUGGAUACAAGGAAGAGAGUACAUGCUUCCUGUGGGUAUUCUUUUGAAGGCCCUCAUUGACACCACUGACCGCGAAAUUUAUGUAAAUUUGACAAGCUGUUAUAAUGAAAAGUAUGAAAAGGGAAAGGGGGCUGUUGGAACUCAGCUUGUUGGUGAAAGGGCAAAAAUAAUCUUAGAUGAAGUUCGUGAUUUGUCUCUUUUCACUCGUCUUCAAUGUCUACAAUAUAUUGGAGAGCAUUUCCAACCUAUUCUGCAUGAACUCAGAAAUGAAAGCCAUUAUACUGUUGCUAAUGCUGUUCUGAAGGACUUCAUACUUGUUCAUCUGGAUGACAAUUUUGACAAGUUCAAUCUGCUCAUCUUCAUGUUGCAGAAACUUUUUUCACUUAUAGAUCAGACAUCAGUGCCAGAUAACCCUGAUAGCUUGCAAAAUCAGGAGGUUUUACUCCCAGGCCAUCUGAUUACACUUUAUCUUAAGGCAAAACUAGAGGAGUGGCUGGAGAAGGGAAAAUUGAUGCUUUUGGACGAGAUUGAGAAAAAAGGAGAGACAUUCAAUUUCAAUGACUUUACACAAGUUAAGAAAGUUUUGGUAAAAAAUCAUGCAAAUGCAGUCAGCAAAGCAAUUGAAAGUAUGUUGACAUCUGGAAGAUUGUCAACAACAAUAUCUCUGGAUCUGCCUCAGGUUUCAGGCUAUACACUCCAGGCAGAACGGUUAAACUAUUUACGAUUUCUCUCACAUUUUCGUGCUGUCCAUAGAGGUGCUUUGUUUGCCGGACUUCGUACUACAACUGUGCGGAAGCUAUUGCCUGAAUCUUGGGGUUUUCUUUGCCCUGUACACACACCUGAUGGGGGGCCCUGUGGAUUGUUGAAUCAUAUGACUCGCACUUGUAGGAUUACAUCAUUCUAUGAUUCUCAAGGAAAUAUUAAAGAUUAUUUUAAAAUUAAAUUGUCUAUACUCAACAUAUUAAUUGACAUUGGAAUGACACAAUCAUUGCCAAAGAUAUUUCUACCUGGCCCACCUGAAGUUCUUACUGUUCUUCUAGAUGGUUGUAUUGUUGGUUUUAUCCCUUCAAUUGAGAUUGAGAAAGUUGUCGCUCACAUUCGAAAACUGAAAGUGUCAUCUGCUGCAGCGAUUCCAAAUGAUCUGGAAGUGGGAUAUGUUCCUUUGAGUAUGGGUGGAGCAUAUCCUGGCCUCUACCUCUCAACAUCCCCUUCAAGAUUUGUUCGCCCAGUGAGAAAUAUAUCAAUUCCUUCCAAUGGAGAUGAUAAUGUUGAACUUAUUGGUCCAUUUGAACAGGUUUAUAUGGAGAUACGAUGUCCUGACGGUGGAGAUGGUGGAAGAAAAAGUCCUUUUCCGCCAACUCAUGAGGAAAUCCAUCCAACAGGAAUGCUAAGUGUAGUUGCUAAUCUUACACCUUGGUCAGAUCAUAAUCAGAGCCCACGAAAUAUGUACCAGUGUCAGAUGGCAAAGCAAACAAUGGCAUUUUCUUCACAAACAAUUCAACAUCGUGCAGAUCAAAAGUUAUAUCAUCUUCAGACUCCUCAGAGUCCCCUUGUUCGGACAAGUGCAUAUACUGAAUACAAUAUUGAUGAAUAUCCAUCAGGCACAAAUGCUAUAGUUGCAGUUCUGGCAUAUACAGGAUACGAUAUGGAGGAUGCUAUGAUUCUAAACAAGUCAUCUGUGGAACGUGGAAUGUUUCAUGGACAAAUAUAUCAGACGGAAACUAUUGACUUGGCAGAACAAGGCCCCGCGACAGAACGAUCUUCAAGAGUAUUCAGAAAAAGUAAGCUAGAUAAAUCCUCUUGUCCCUCGAUUGAUUCAGAUGGACUUCCACAUGUUGGUCAGAUGAUACGGCCAGAUGAACCCUAUUGUAGCAGUUACAAUGAAGUAACAAAUAAAACAUUUGUCUUCAAAAAAAAGGGUACUGAACCUGCUUAUAUUGACUAUGUCUCUGUUGACGUAAAAAAUAAGAAGCAUCUAAGGAAGGCUAACAUACGUUUUCGAUACCCUCGAAACCCUAUUAUUGGCGAUAAAUUUAGCAGUAGACAUGGGCAGAAAGGUGUUUGCUCUCAGUUGUGGCCAGACAUUGACAUGCCAUUUUCUGGAAAUACAGGGAUGCGCCCAGAUCUCAUUAUAAAUCCUCAUGCAUUUCCUUCUAGAAUGACGAUUGCUAUGCUUUUGGAAUCUGUUGCGGCUAAGGGUGGAAGUUUACAUGGAAAAUUUAAAGAUGCAACUCCAUUUCGUAGUUCAGUGGAGUCUGGAUCCAAGUCUGCUUCCCUUGUCGAUGAGCUUGGUGAUAUGUUAAAAGAGAAAGGAUUUAAUUACCAUGGAUGCGAGGUUCUGUACAGUGGGGUCUAUGGAACAGAACUGACGUGUGAGAUAUUUAUUGGGCCCGUUUAUUAUCAGCGGCUCCGUCACAUGGUUUCAGAUAAAUACCAAGUUCGAUCUACUGGCACUGUAGACCAGGUCACCCGACAGCCAAUAAAAGGACGAAAGCGUGGUGGAGGGAUACGAUUUGGAGAAAUGGAACGUGACUCUCUACUAGCACACGGGGCUGCAUAUCUUCUUCAUGAUAGGCUGCACACCUGUUCCGAUUAUCACAUUGCUGAUGUGUGUUCCAUUUGUGGAAGCAUGCUCUCGACAACAUUCAUCCAGGCUCAAAAGCAGACAGUCCGGGAGAUUGGAGGGCUACCACCCCGAAGAGCUCCAAAUAAGGUCACUUGUCAUGCUUGUCAAACCAGUAAAGGCAUGGAGACAGUUGCCAUGCCUUAUAUAUUUAGAUAUUUAGCAGCAGAGUUAGCGGCAAUGAACAUUAAAAUGACUCUGAAGCUUAAUCAUGGAGCUAAUGUCUCUGAUACAAGUGUUUAA